AGUUUGCUGUUCACAUCAAGUCCUUCUCAAGGUCCGCAAAGUCCGCUUAAUUGUUUGUUUUUUUAAUCGUCUUUUUUUUUUUUUAAAUCCAGACCUUUUCGUUGCCGUCAUGCGUGGAUCACUACUUUUCCAUCUGUGCGUGUUUUUACUUUCGCUGAAAACGCUGACAUGUCAAGUCUUCCUGCGAGGCAACGUCAGGAGAGAUGACCUGUACCGCAAAUGCGACAACGUCACGGUCACGUCGGAGGGCGGCGUCAUCCACAGCCCGCGCUACCCCAACUCGUACCCGCGGAACCUGCUGUUGCUAUGGAAACUGGUGUCGCCGCCAGGAAGCAGGAUACGCCUGGAGUUUGACGGUCACUUUGGCCUGGAGGAGGCGGAGAACGACGUGUGCAGGUACGACUUUGUGGAAGUGGAAGACCGAUUAGAGGCCAGCACUAUAAUUUGGGGUCGCUGGUGUGGGCAGAAAGCGCCGCCGAGUGUCAACUCCAAAUCCAACAUCCUCAGACUCACCUUCAAAUCUGACGACUACUUUGUAGCAAAACCCGGAUUCAAAGUCUACUACUCUUUGCUGCAUGACACGCCUCUGCCUGCGUCCCAGACCAACUGGGAGGCCGUCACCUCGUCGGAUGCUGCUACCGUUGCUGAGGCUGAGGCUGCAGUGACGGAGGUUCCUCUCUCCCUGGAGGACUUGGACAGAACCAUAGCUGCCUUCGACACGGUGGAACAGCUCCUCAGAUCCCUCAACCCAGAUACCUGGAGACAAGACCUGGACAGCAUCUACACCCAGACGCACGUCCAUUAUCGAUCCAGGGCAUAUCAGCUGGCGAGCAGGCACAACAAAGUGGACCUGGACGGUCUGUGUGACGACGUGCGGCGCUACAGCUGCACGCCACGCAACUACUCCGUCAACCUGCGGGAGGAGCUGAGGGCCACCAACGCCGUCUUCUUCCCCCGAUGUGUGCUGGUCCAACGCUGCGGCGGCAACUGUGGCUGCGGCACACACGACUGGAACCACGGCUGCGCCUGCCAGGCCACCAAGACCAUGGUCAAGCUGCACGAGGUGCUGAAGUACGCCCCAGAGAGCGCCGUGGACCGACGCCGGCGCAGACCGAGGGCGCGCUGGGUCCUGGAUGAGGUCUUCCUCACGCACCACCUGGGCUGUGAGUGCGCCUGUCCCUCCCGGCCCCCCCGCUGACACGGAGGAGGAGCCCCGGGCCCCUGGGACAGGUUUUUCACUGGGACUAGUCUGGAGAGAAAUACAUGAAGAGAAGAAGUCAUUUUGGGCGUACACCUGCACAGGUGAAGAUCAUGAAUAUGCAAAUGUAUAUAAUGGCGAGCGCUUCAUUUGGGACUUUUCUAGAAGGACUGUUUUUGACACUUUUUUUUUUAUUUAUGUGAAACCAUUUCUUUGCCUCUCCAUGUGGUUUUGUACUCAAAUUAAUUCAUGGGAAAUAAAUUGUUGGAUUUGUUGCGUGUGCACAAUAAUGAUUUGAAUACGCAGACGAGACCAUCAUCAGCAGUGCUGUAGUCUGAGCAGUGGCGGAGCAGGAAGGGGCUGGGCAUACAU